AACGCACGACUCGACAGCCGACGCACACGCACACUGCAGGCAGCCCAGUGAGUUCAGAGUUCAGACGUUCAGUAGUCGAACGAGUGCUUAGGCUCUUGAACGCACGAUGAGAUCGUUUUAGUACAGCAAUUUUUAUGCAUUUAUACCGCAAUUUAUACUCGCUUGCCAUCGGUUAUUACUGACUCGCCGAGGAUCGAGGGAAGCAAGAUAUUCAGGAGCGACAUGGAGAACAACGUGCUGGAGAAGCCCAAACCGUCGUCGGCGUCAGUCAAGAAGUCGGAGGACGACGACAGACACGAGGAGGAGAUCCACGAGAAAGAUGGCAGAAGCAAAAGCUCCAAGAAGAGGAGUCGCAAGAAAAAGACUCAAACUGGUUCUGGAACUGCGACGGAGAGUAAUGACGAGGGCAGCAAGGAUUCGACAAACUUACCUCUACUGCCUGCGCAAGCGCCUAGCACUUAUGCCAAUAUUUCCAUCAAGGACAUACAAUUGGCAAUGGACGUCUUGAACUCGCAACAUAAGCCAGCCAAGACUCAGGAGGAAGCGCUGCAAAAGCCUUAUCAAUUUUGGAGUACUCAGCCAGUACCAAAAAUGGAUGAAAAAAUAGUGUGCAACGAAGCGAUUGAGCCUGACAAAGUCUCUGUCAGAGCAGAUCCCUACUCGCUUCCAGCUGACUUUCAUUGGGACACCUUGAACCUGGAUGAUCCACUGGUACUGGCAGAGUUGUACUCGCUGCUAUCUGAAAACUAUGUUGAAGAUGAUGAUGCAAUGUUUAGGUUUGAUUAUCCUCCUGCCUUUUUAAAAUGGGCUCUACAGCCUCCAGGUUGGUGCAACGAAUGGCACUGUGGUGUACGAGUGACUAAAAGUGGUCGCCUUGUUGGUUUUAUAUCGGCUAUACCUGCAACCCUAAGAGUUUAUGACAAAGUGCAAAAAAUGGUAGAAAUAAAUUUUCUAUGUGUUCACAAAAAGUUGCGUUCAAAGCGUGUCGCUCCCGUAUUGAUCCGCGAGAUUACACGAAGAGUAAAUUUAAUGGGAAUAUUUCAGGCAGUGUAUACUGCCGGUGUAGUGCUUCCUAAGCCCAUCGCCACAUGCAGAUAUUGGCAUCGUUCGUUGAAUCCGAAAAAGCUUAUCGAGAUCAAGUUCUCGCAUCUGUCGCGUAACAUGACAAUGCAAAGAACUUUGAAAUUGUAUAAAUUGCCGGACAAUCCGAAAGUUCCGGGCUUCAGAAAAAUGGUCCCAGCGGAUGCGGCUCAAGGUUUCAAGCUUCUGAACAACUACUUGAGCAAAUUCGAUCUAUCGCCGAUCUUUACGGAGGAGGAGUUUACGCAUUGGUUUAUGCCGCAGAGCGGUAUAGUUGACAGUUUCGUGGUGGAGAAUCCCGAGACGAAGACCAUUACGGACAUGGUGAGCUACUACACCCUGCCAAGCUCGGUCAUGCAUCACCAAACACAUAAGAGCCUACGCGCGGCUUACAGCUUCUACAACGUGUCAACCGCCACGCCUUGGUUGGAACUCAUGCAAGAUGCUCUCAUAUCGGCAAGAAAUCUUGGCUUUGAUGUGUUCAACGCACUGGAUCUAAUGGACAACAAGGAAUUCCUGGAGCCGCUAAAGUUUGGCAUCGGCGAUGGAAAUCUCCAAUACUACCUGUACAAUUGGCGAUGUCCGAGCAUGACGCCCAACAAGAUUGCCCUUGUUUUGCAAUAAUAAUUGUAAAAUAAAAGAAACAUCUGACAAACGAGAAGGCGAAGAAGUCACGAAAACAAAGUAGCGAUUUUAAGCGCAUCGUUUGAAAAUUAGCUCAAGGAAAAAAAAAAAUAUAUAUAUAUAUAUAUAUAUAUAUAAAAGAAAAGGUUGCAGAAAAAAGAACAAACACGAGCGGAAUUUACACGUGCAUAUAAGUUUAUCUUAGUGGUGAUCACAGUUUCAAAUAUCAGUCAGAGUACUGCCGCUGAGAGAAUGAUUAUAAGAGAAAAGACAAAACGAAGAAUAAACGUUGACGUUAUUGCUGCUGUUGUUGUCAUACGCAUACACACAUUCACUGCUGUUGUUGCUACUACUUUACCAUCACUGCGUUGCUGCGCGAUGAAGUUUUAAUUGAGACCUGGUGAAUUUUACAAACAGAAACAGUAAAUAGAGGGAAAAAUGGAGUACCGCAACGAGAAAGGCUUUCUUCAUAAACCCAGAACUUUUAAUGGGUUAUCUUCAGUUUUUGCUUAGAAAUUUAUAUUUAUAUCAAACAAAAGUGUUUCGUUGGCAAGUUUUUGAAAUCAAAGUAAAUAAAAAAAAACAAUUGUAACUAAUCAGAUGAUAUGAAUGCAUAUGGGUGGAAGAAAAUAAUCUGUGGUAAAAGAAAAAAUAAAGGACGAGUUUCAUCUAGAGACAUAAAA